AUGCUAGGGAACCACGCCGUCUGCAGGCUGAUCGUGGCCGCAGACGUUAAAUUCACGGUCGAAACAAGCAAAGAAGAAACAGCAACAACACUCUCUUCCUCCUCAUCCCUCCCUGUCACCCCACCGUCAGACUGGCAGGGUGAGUCCGCUCACACUGACUGCCUGGAAUGUUCGCUCCCUUUUAGACAACCCGAGGAGCAACCGACCGGAACGGAGGGCAUCGCUAGUGGCUCGUGAACUGGCGCGCAACAAGAUGGACAUUCCUGAACCCAGCAAGACCCGGUUGUCCGAACAAGGCCAACUGGAGGAGGUGGGUGCCGGCUACCCGGACGAUAUCGUGGAACAAUUGCUCUGUCUGCCAUAG